CGUAACAAAGAACGGAAAUCAUGGCAGAAGGAAUAGCUGUGGAGAACGCCCAACCAGCUUCUGAAGUGAGCGCUUCUAUAAGACAAGAGAACAUGAUACAGGAAACUCCUACAAAAGAGUCCGCGACAUCAAAUUCGACGGCUGAAUACGACAACGCGUCAUCAGAUUCUUCACAAUUUGUUGAAGCCGAAAAUGAACCAUCAGAGCCGAAUGAAGAACAGCCUGUUGCAAGUGAAGAGCAGGUGGAACCUGUUCCAAAAAUCAUUCGUCGCCGUCUGAAUGGUUAUGUUGGUUUUUCCAGUUUACCAAAUCAAUGGCAUCGACGUUGCGUGCGUAAAGGUUUCUCUUUCAAUGUGAUGCUUCUCGGUGAAUCUGGCUCCGGAAAGGCCACUCUUGUCAACAUGCUAUUGAACCAGGACCUUUAUGAAAAGUGCUCCACUCCUUACCUUGACGAUGAUGCAUUCAAUGAAGAUACCAACCAGGCACCUUGCGUGAAUAUUGAAAAACGACAAACGGAAGUUGUGGAAAAUGGAGUUAAGCUACGGUUGGAAGUUUUAAAUGUCCAAGGCUUUGGUGACUAUAUCAACAACGGAGACUGCUGGCAGCCCGUUGUGAAAGAGAUUGAGUCAAGAUUUGACGACUAUCUGGACGCGGAGAAACGACUUCCUCGUUCGGCCAUUGAGGAUAAUCGUAUACAUGCAUGCAUAUUUUUUAUUCAACCGACUGGUCACUGUUUGAGCCAGCUUGAGUUGGAGACGUUGAAAACCUUGAGCGACAAGGUCAACUUGAUUCCCAUUAUUUGCAAAGCAGACUUAAUGACUGAUGAAGAAGUUAACGUUACGAAGGAAAGAAUUUUACGAGAGUUUCAAAAAGAAGGCAUCAAAAUAUUCGUUCCUCCAAACUAUGAAACGGAUGAUGAUGAGACGAAGGCUGAAAAUGCCGAGAUCAUUAGUCGUAUUCCCUUUGCUGUUGUCGCCUCAACAGAUGUAAUUGAGCGACCCGACGGACACAAGGUUCGUGGACGCUCAUAUCCCUGGGGUAUUGUUGAGGUUGAUAAUGAAGAUCAUUCUGAUUUUUGCAAAUUGAGACAAAUGCUCAUUCGUACACACCUGGAGGAACUUAAGGAGAAGACGCAUGUUUUAUAUGAGAAUUAUAGAACAGAACUUCUUCUGAGUAGGGGUAUAUCUCAAGAUGUUACUGUAUUCCGCGAGAUAAAUCCUAAUGCCAAGUUGGAAGAAGAAAAGGCAUUGCAUGAGGAGAAACUACGCAAUAUGACUAAAGAAAUGAAGGCGAUUUUUGCCCAGAAGGUUGCUGAAAAGGAAGAACGCUUGAAACAAUCAGAGCGUGAACUUUAUGAUAGACAUCAUGAAAUGAAGAUGGCUCUUGAAGCACAAAAAACUGAACUUAUGGAACGCAAAGCACGGUUAGUGAAAGGCACUAAAGCGACCCACGAUCAUGAGAAGCCGAAAAAGAGAUUCUUUAAGUGAGCACUUUAUGAUUAUAUUGUAUUGUCAUAUAGUACAUUUUUGCUUCUCGGGUCUAUCGCAAUUUACGUUAACAUUUUGUUUAUACUAAUGAAAUAUAAUAAUAUGCAUGCUAAAGGUCUUGAUCCUA